UGGCAAUAUUUGCCCCUUCCUUCCUUCUUUUGCGCCGCUCCUCCAGGCAGAACUGCGAGAGAACGUGAUCGAUCGAAUUUCAAAAAAGGCACACACCUUACCCCUGUGCUCCCGUGAUCACGAAAUUACUCUAAAAUCUCCUGAUUAUAAAAAGUCGGGAGUUAGUGUUUCGUGAUUGCUCCAUUCCCGUGUGUGAACCAGUAGACCUACACCUCUACGCCGCGAGGCAAAUUACCUAUCAAGAACCCACCUAAUUGAACAAAAUGUCGAACCUCACGGAUCCGGUCGCGUUCGCGAAGGACUUCAUCGCCGGUGGUGUAUCCGCUGCCGUAUCCAAGACCGCGGUAGCGCCCAUCGAGCGCGUCAAGCUGCUGCUGCAGGUACAGCAUGUCAGCAAGCAGAUUACCGAAGACCAGCGCUACAAAGGUAUCAUCGACGCCUUCAUCCGCAUUCCUAAAGAGCAGGGCUUCGUAUCCUUCUGGCGUGGUAACCUCGCCAACGUCAUCAGGUACUUCCCUACCCAGGCGCUUAACUUUGCGUUCAAGGACAAGUACAAGCAGGUGUUCCUCGGUGGUGUAGAUAAGCACACCCAGUUCUGGCGCUACUUCGCCGGAAAUCUCGCUUCGGGUGGUGCCGCCGGCGCUACCUCGCUAUGCUUUGUGUACCCGUUGGACUUCGCCCGUACCCGUCUCGCCGCCGAUGUCGGCAAAGGCGAAGGCCAGCGUGAAUUCAGCGGCCUCGGCAACUGCCUCACCAAAAUUUUCAAGUCUGAUGGUUUGAUCGGCCUGUACAGAGGAUUCGGUGUGUCCGUACAAGGUAUCAUCAUCUACCGCGCCUCAUACUUCGGCUUUUACGACACAGCCCGCGGAAUGUUGCCCGAUCCCAAGAACACUCCAUUGGUAAUCAGCUGGGCCAUCGCACAGACCGUCACCACAAUAGCUGGUAUCAUGUCAUAUCCCUUCGACACCGUCCGUAGGCGCAUGAUGAUGCAGUCUGGACGCGCUAAGGCCGAUAUCCUGUAUAAGAACACUUUGCACUGCUGGGCGACCAUUGCCAAGACAGAGGGUUCCUCUGCCUUCUUCAAGGGAGCAUUCUCCAACGUCCUCAGAGGUACAGGUGGUGCCUUCGUACUCGUCUUAUAUGACGAGAUUAAGAACCUCCUUUAAAUCCUUUAAUUUAAGAAUUGUUACCUUAAUAACUAUUGUGAUUCUGCAUCACCGCUAAUAGCCACUCCCUUGAAAUCAUGUAUUAUUAGAAGCGAAAAAAAAACGAAACUAGUAACUUAUUUUUAGUUAAAUAAAGUGUAAUACACGAUUCCAAUACACAUAUUGUUUUAUUAAAAUCAAAGUUGAAGUGUUACAUAAUCUGUUCGAAGCCAUGUGUUGAUGGAAACAACUGCAUCAAAUUGUGAUAGAAGAAGUGAAUAUUUCAAACUAAUUGUUCCGUGAACAUUCUAAAUUCAAAUUUCGAGUGCUAGUUUUUUAUUUAAUUUCAGUGAAAACUGUUAGCCAGUGAUUGUGCCGGAGUUAUGUAAUCAUUUCAUUUGUAUUAUUUGGGGCCAAAGCAAAACUGGCUGAUGGAACAAUUUGAUUGAAGUAUUUUCUAAAAAAUGCUGUUGUGUUAUGUGUUCGGUUAAAAGAUUUCACAUGAUGGCAAUGUAAUCAAUACUUAACCUACACAACAUUGGGAGUGAGACCUUGUACUGUUUGUCAUUCUGACACCAGCCAUGUAAAGAUAAUGCUCACUUUUUAACACUAUUGCUGUGAAUAUCUUUGAAAAAGAUUAGGAAUCAUGUGAUUUUACAUGUUAUGUAACUUUAAACAGAUGUAUGUGUCUUGUGUGUGCUUUGGUGACAAAGACAAAUGAAAAUUAUAUCUAUUUUGAUCAAUAUGUUACAUUAAACAGUGUAGUAGUUAUCAUACAUCUAUGGAAUUAAAUUAAUGUAGAAAAUCAGAAUGGUAAGGGUGAAUCAAUGAGCUAAUGUAAGCAUGUUGGCUCGGCACGGAUUUUUCUCUGGGAAAAAGUCGUGCACAUGAGUACAUUAAAAUAUAGAAAUGUUAAAAAACAAGUCAUUUGUUUUUUUUUUAUUUAAUAUCUCUUCUGUAUCAGCAUCAGCCUGCAUGCACUACUCAAGUAAUUCUGGUUCAAUCCAGAUUUGAUUCUACCAAUUAAUUUCCCUUUUGAUAUUCAAAUAAUGAAGCAUACAAUUCUGAAUUCAAAUAGUUACAUAACUAAAUAUUUUUUUACAGACUUAGCUGAUAGGUAGGUCAAGUCGUCACAGUGACCUACUUUGCCUAGUUUAUCAAUAGAUAACUACUGCGUAUAUACUAAGCUAUAAAUAGUCGACCUACAGCAUACUGGCAGUAAAGGUUAAACUCGCGAAAACGAUUCUUAAUCUUACUGCAUGACAUUAAGAUGAAGGUUUUCAUGGAAUCCCCUUUCCUGCGUGCGAUGACCAAUUUCACAGAGUUGUGACGUCAUCAAGGCAUCAAAUGAUGUGAGUCUACCUAACUUGUGAUUUGAGGAGGAUAGUAGAAGAACAUGUAACUGGUUGGUAGUAGUAAGUAUGCAUUGUUCCAAUACAAAAUGGUUUCUCCUUAAGAAUGUCAAAAUAAAGGCGCGGGCACCAAAAUCGUUCACUGAAAAUAGCAGAAAAUUACUAUCAUCUAUUUGUUUAUACUACUACGUGCUACUACUCAUGGUCUUUAAAAUGGGAGUUUGGAUAUUGAGUUGUUGGUUUUGUACAACAUAGUGUGCACUGUGCACGUAAAAUUUUCCUAUCAACCUCUUCUCAUGUCCAGUUAAGUAAUAAUGAGUCUGCUUUAGAGUGACCAACUGUUUUUCUGUCAAAUAUAGUUUUUUCGUAACUGUUAACAUGAAAUGGCAAAAAAUAGAAUGGUGUUAAAAUAUUUCCUUUAUUUUUGAAAGAACGUAUUUUUGCUGCUCUAUGCAUUAAUAAAUAUUUUUUUUAUCUUUAGGAAAGCUUUAAUGGCUUAUAUCUGCUUCAAGAAAAAUAUAGUAUUUUCGCCUACUAUCCUCCUCUAAUCUAAAUAUAGUAGGAUACGGAUACUAUAUUAAAUAGGGUUGACGACCCUAAGUCGGCUAGACAGAAUCUCUAAAUUGUGCCAUAAAAAUCCUCUAAUCGUAUGGCUUGCUAAGUACUAGGAGGAAAUAGGUAGGUAGUAAUUAACAAAUUACCUGUAAACUAUAGGCGAGUUUCUGCAUGAAUGAAAACGUUUUGGGACUACGUUAGUGACGUCACUAUAUUACGUAAUUUGUUACGUCAGUCAGGUACACCCGUUAGCUAGCUCUGCGUCAUUUUACGUAAGUUAACUGUUUUUUUAAUAAACUUUGUGCUUGCCCUCCCGAGAGCCUACAAUGGAAAACGUAGGUUUCAUAUGGUACAUAAAGAUUUAGCAGGACCUUUAAAUAAAUUGUAGCCAGAAGGAUAAAAGACACGGUCACACGCACAUACCUUUUUUACUAGAUUCAACAACAUUUUUUUGUCGUAAUGCAAGUUUUAAUUCCUUAUAAGAUUGAGCAUUAAAUAGAUGGUUACUUAUCGCGCUUUAUAGCAUUAACAAACAUCUGCCUGCUGUAGACGUCAGAAUUUUGUCUACAAUUUAGAACUACUGAAAAGCUCUAGUGAUGUCAUAUUAUAUUACGUAACUUGUUAGGUUCACUGGCUAGAUGACUCGGCCUGCGUCAUUUUAGCACCUUCUUUCAUGGAUCUAGGAUUUAGCUAUGCUUACCAUUUACAGAAGCUGUAUCUAUUGCACGUUUUGGGUGACAAUUUUUUAUAUUUUCUGGCUGGGGUUAACCCGCACGAUAGGCUUUGGUUUUUAACAAAAUCUAUUUAAAUAAAUCUCAAAGGUGACUGACUGACAUAG